AUGCAUGGCGGCUGCUGCAUCGGUGUCACCACUACAGGCAAAGUCCCAGUUUGGCAUUACGAAAGAGGACCUAUUUUUGAGACUUCAGAAAGCCACCGAAAGAGCAUUGUUGCGUGCCAACUGGGCCAAGACGUCGAAUAUCAGGACGCUUCAAGCAUUAACGAUCUACUUGGAAUCCACCGCCUUCCUCACACGUCUGCCAACAGUCUCACACCCCUUCAACGUCACGUGCGCUCUCUCCUCUGGUACCAAAUCUGCUUCCUAGAUUUCAAGACUGCCGAAGCACAAGGUCCUCAUCCAUCUAUACGCGCUGACGACUUCGACAUCGCCCUUCCUCUCAAUGUGGACGACGAUGCAUUUGAGUUCGGCACGCCCAGUUGGCAGCAAGUCCCGCGCGACAAGAACGGCUGGACAGAUGUAACAUUGAGUCUCAUCCGCUACGAAUGCAACGAAAUCCACCGCCUCAUCUUCCGCGGCAGAAUCGAAAUCGAUCGCAAGACCCUCACACUCCACGACCUCCGUGCCCGUGUCGAAGCCCGAAAACGCCUCAUCCAAACAAAAUACCUCCAAUACCUCGACGCCUCCAUCCCUAUCCAGCGCUAUGCCGGCCUCGUCGCCACCCUCCUCAUGUCUCGCUGCGACUCCAUGCUCCUCUACCGGCACCUCCCGCAAACCUCUCUCUCCCCACGUUCCGACUCUGAGAACCGCCUGCGCGACCUACUUCUCACCGCCGCGUUGACCACCUUGGAAAUCGGCGCCACGCUCGACACGCUCCCAAGCCUGAGUGCAUGGGCAUGGUACUCCACCACCUACCAGCAAUACCACGCCGUCCUACUGCUCCUCACCGAACUCUACCGCACGCCCGACCUCCCGCGCAAAGAACGCAUGGCCACCAUCAUCGACCACAUCUUCGGGCACUGCUACGGCGUCGGCGUGCGCGAGCGCUGCCGCGACCUACUCGGCCAGGUCAAAGAGAACCUCGAGGCCUUCUACGUGAUGAAGGGCUUCAACAAGAAGCGCCCCACGCCGUCUCAACACCCGACCUUCCAGCCCUACUCGCUCACCUCCCCGCAGAAUUCGAAUUUCGGCGCACAGCACCAGUUGCAUAGCCAGGUCCAGCGCAACGCGCCCGCGAAUCUCGCGGAUAUCAAUGUUGAUUUUGAUAGUUUGCUGGGGAGCAUGAAUGGCGCGGGGCAGGGGGAUGAUUUCGAGUUCUUUGGGGGAGCGGGCGCGGGGGGCAUGCAAGGACAGCAGGAUCCGGGCGCGAUUUUUGUGCCGGUGGAUGGGGCGCAGGGGGCGGAUGGGUUUGGGCAACAGACGAGUCCGAAUGGAGGGUUGCAGCAGUGGGUGAGUAAAUGCCUUCUCUUGAGCCUUGGGAUAAGUGCUAACGGUUGUGAUGCAGGAGAGUUGGAAUUUCCCUACGCAGCCCAAGUAUGA